GGUGAAUGAAUGUGGUUUGGCUGAUUAAAGAAUACAUUAAACGAAGAUUACCAAGUUGUGUUGAGACGCCAAAAGAAGAGCUGUUCACUGAAGCCCUUUGGACACUUGUUGAUUUCUUUCUGUAGACUGAACCGAUGAAACAGCAGGAACAAGUGGAGUGGGAUGACGUGAACAAACGUUUACAACAUCAUGGUUUUAAACCGGUGUUUUUUGCAGAUCCCGCCGAGAAUAAGAGUCCUGCAGAUUUGGUCCUUCUGGACAAGAAGUCAGCUGCUGAGCUGAGGACAACUCUGAGGAUGAUGCUCACAGACUCCGAGAGAAGGCAGGCCCUGAUCCAAGAGCUUGUUAUGUCCAACAACCAGCUCAAAAUGGAGGUUCAGGAGCACAUGAGCCGAGCAGCUCAGCAGUCUCAGAGGGUCACAGAGCUGGAGGAACUGUUGGAGAAGGUGAAGACCAGAGUCCAGGAUCUGGAGGACCGCUACCUUAGCAAGGCAGUCCAGCAGCACAGCCACACACAGCAACUGCAGAAGGAAAAACUGGAAGCACAUAGACGGUGUGAGGUUCUAGAGCAAAAGCUGUUGAAACAGAAAGAGGAGGCAACCCAGCUUCAGAGGAAACUCCAUUUCAUCACCAAAAAAGAAGAGCAGCGAUUGGCUUUGCAGCGUCAAACCUCCCAGCAGAGGUCUCCUGCAGAUCAACAAGGUAACUUCCUGUUGAGCUCGCCAAAACAAGACGGCACAGCUGAGAUUAGUGAGCUUAUCAGUGACCCAGCCAAGGAAGCCAGGCUGUGUGUCUACUAUCAUCAUCUGUUGAAUGAGAUAAGUGCAGUUGUAGCUGAUCAUAAAGCUCCUUUGAGAGUGCACAAACUGGAGCGGUCUGACUUCCAGGAUGUCCUGUCUACACUGAAAGUGUGGGCAGAGCAGCUCGAUCUGCUGAAGGGUCUUCAGUGCCGUUUAAAAGAACUGUCUGUCAGACUAAUGCCCUUACAACCAUGUGAUGGUGGUUAUAACACUGACGAAGGAGCAGAGGUUGGAGACAUGAUGCUGCUUGUAGACGCCAUGCUGGAAAAUGCCUCAGCUGAUGAUAAGGUCCUCAGAAGCCCCACUCGACACACUCUGGAGUCCAUGGUGUCUCAUUUUCAGAAGCUGUUUGACGUCACGUCUCUGAGAGGAGUGUACCCCCGUAUGAAUGAGAUCUACACUAAACUGGGAGAGAUGACCAAUGCCAUGAGGAACCUUCGAGAUAUUCUUGAUCUAGACUGUGGUGUUUCUCCUGCUGAAGUUGUGAAACAUGUGUCCAGACUGGUGUCCUCCACUGAAAGCAUGGCGAGGUUCCCUGAGCUGCUGGGAGACAUUGAUAUUGACAGCAUCAUCAUGAAGGUGAAACAGCACGAGGAAUUCUUCCCUGCUUUCCAUGCCCUGGUUACAGGAAUCUUACAGACUCUAGGAGUGAGCCACCUAGACGACAUCCUGCCAGCUCUGAAGGCUUUGACAGAAACAGCACAGUGACCUGGAUCAGCUUCUUGUUUUUAGUCAAACAUCUAUAUUAUAAGCUGCCUUGAAAGCAUGGCUGAUACUGUUUUCACCUCUGUGUGGAUGAUGCCAACAGGUUUUUACACUUUUGAUACUUUACCAUUGUAAACUUGACAGGAGUAGAUGAGUUAAAGGCACGACGUGAUGGUGGUGGUGCCAUAGGAGGUGCGGUCUCUGAAAAUCAUGUCAGUACUUGUGUUUGACAUGUGUACAUAGCUGUAACAAAAGCAGGUCCCAAAUAUGGGAGGAAUAAAGCAUUUGUCAGUUAUUAGCA